GAUUUCCAGGAAGAGGAGAGAGGCUGUUUGGUGCCAAAAGGCCCCGCCUGGACUUGGACGUAGGUCCCACCUCCUCAGUGUGAUUGCCUCUCGGAGUGACUUUUUGUGUGGCCCGAGCUGUUGCUGCGGUUCUGCUGUCACUUCCCUGCCGUUCCCUGAUCUGCGUUCUCAAGGUGUAGGAUCUCAGAUUGGGAGGUAUGGGACAGACAGAGGAAAAAAUGGCAACGUCUCAGGAAGAAGACUUGCAGCUGCUUCUUGACGUGUUCCUUGAAGAUAAAAAUAACAAGCAAAUAGAAGAAGAAUUGAAACAACUAAUAGAAGACCCCAAAAAUGACAUAGAAAAGAUCAUUGAUGAAAUGCUAAAAACAAAUAUUGAGCUAAAGAUGGAGAUUAAAAAACUUGAAACAGAAUCACAACGACCAUCAUCUUAUGGGAUUAAAAAGAAUGUUCCUAAAAGGAAAAUGAAGUUCACAUCGAUGGAGAACCCUGAGGAUGACAGCCAGUAUUUAAAUAUCUCCUGUUCAUUUCAAGUAACUACACAACUUGAAUAUGAACUGCAGCAAGGACAAGCACUUAUCACAUUUGAAGAUGAACAAGUUGCACAGAAUGUGAUAAAAAGAGGAAAACAUUCUGUACAGCUUGAGAAUAAGAAGGUGAAUGUGCUGGCUAAACCUGUUCCACUAAAAACAGGUGUAAGUCUUCAGGUUCACACAAAGAUUUCUAAGAAAAAGAUUGAUGUUGCUAAAAUACCUGAUGAAUUACCUGAAGAACAGAUGAGAGACAAAUUAGCACUGAGCUUCAGUAAAUCCCGGCAUGGGGGUGGAGAAGUAGAACAUGUGGAAUAUGAUAAAAAUUCCCAAACAGCUGUCAUUACAUUCCUUGAGAAUGGAGUUGCUGAUAAUAUUCUCAAACGCAAGGAAUAUCCUCUUUAUACAAAUACCAACUGCUAUCAAGUUGUUGUUUCCCCACAUAUGGAAAAACAUAUAGAAAAACUACAGGUAUUUUCAGGAAUUUCUAAGAGGACUGUCCUUCUGAUGGGACUUAAAAAUGUUCAAGAAGAUGAAGAAAGUGUAGAAGAUGAAAUUCAUAUUCACUUUCAGAAAGGGACAAAAGGGGGAGGGGAUGUAGAAGUUGUCAAAUGUGCUCUCAAACAACCUCAAAUGGCAUAUUUUGAGGCUGAUCUAAAUCAGGGGUGCUUAACCUGGGGGUGAGCUUGUUAACUUUUUUGGAUAACUUUCGAUAUAAUUGGUUUCUUUUGCAAUACUAUGAAUUUUAAAACAUUAUCCUGAAAAGGAGGCCAUAGACUUUACCAGACUGCCUAAUGGGUCUUGUAAUCCCCCUUCCCCCUUACAAAAAAGGGUUAAGAAUCCCUGAUUCUUGAGAGAGCCAUAUAAGAAAUUACAGCUACUAGACACAAAUUUAGAUUGUGCUAUAAAUAUUUACAUUGCUUUGAAGUUCUUAAAAA